AUGGAGCUGAACGACGACCCCGCCCUCGACGACUUUGACGGCAGCCGAGCUACCGAGACGUUCACAAUCACCCUACCGACCGACGUACCGCGCAAGGAUCGCGCGCUCCCAGAGCUAGGGACAUACGACUACUCCGCUUGGUCCCAUACCGAGGAUAACGACGACGCCGAGCGGGCCCGCCGCACCGCCCUCCUGGCACAGGUCCGCAUCGUCGACAUUGUCAUUGUCAACCGCCCCGAGAUUGUCAACUUCUUCACGCCCGCAGCCAACCCCGCGCUGGACCCGUAUACUCCUGGGCCGGUACACCCCUUUAUCGCCGCCUUCGCCAACGUCCACACGGUGCGCGUCGUCCCCGAUCCGGGAGGUACGGUGACGCUCGCGUACUCUGCCGAGACGGGCGGGCCCGAGUACACGCCGACACUGGGCCGUCCCCGUCGCGUGGUCUACUUUGACCCCCUGGCCUCGCAUAUCCAGAUGCGGCACGUCUGGGGCGACGUGUACGGCGACGAGGGGUCAGCGCUCGGCGGGCAGGUGGACAAGGUCGUCUGGGUCGUGCGGUACGACGCUGCGGGGGAGUGGGCGAGCAAGAGCACGGGCCACCCACAUGUGCCUGGCACGGUGCGUGAGGUGGUUGUGGUGUACACUGCUGUGGAGUACCAGCCAGAGUAUCCCUCGGACAUCGAGCCGGGCCAGGCUGCCGAGGUGACGCUGCGGCUCGAGGCGAUCCGUGAUCUUUCUCGACGUGUCGAAGCCAAGAUUACGCUGGUCGGCACCGAAAUGAUCCCGCCCGCUGCGCUGGGGUGGGAGGACGGGUUGGAAGCUGGAGAUGUCCAGGCCAAGGCUCUCAAGACUGUGCGCGACGCCGUGGCGUUCGGACAGGAGCCGAGCGCCGAGCUCUCCGCCUCUCUCGCGAGGAUAUCGGCCCUCUCGCUGGACGACUACGCCGCGAGCAUUGGAGCCGACGAAUUCGACCUUGAGACUGUAGAGUUCAAGCGGUAG